CUUCCGGGAACAGUUGUUUGGAUAAUGGCGGACCGUCAAAUUUAGCCAACGGUCGUCCUAACUUAUCAUUAAAGCCGGGAAACGGACACCAAAAGGCGGGUAGUGGUCACCAUAUACUUUUAGGUUUAGUGUUGUACAGAAUCUCCAGCUGACCGAUGUGUCCAGCAGUCUGGAAUACUAAGAGCACACAUGUAUCUCUGAAUAAAGCUGCUGGAAGGUUGGCAUAGCGAUGUGGAGUCGCUUGCAAAGUGAGGGAGGGCCGGCAGCCAGCGUCUCUUCCCAGUCUGCCCUUGCUGGGCCAGACAACAGGAGAGAGAUAUCAAAUGCCUGGAAUAGUCUAAACCAGACCAAAGCAGCAUUACGUCACAUUGAGAAUCGUCUGGAGGCAGCACCAGGUACAGGAGUGCUUCUGGAUUCGGUGCUGGACACAAAAAAAGCAUCUGUUAGUGGCAGACGGAAAAUAAGCCGCAGAGAUGGGCAUCAUAUGGAGGAAAGUGGGUCCAAGUCCAGAACCCGGAGUCGUCGCAGUCCAGACAAAAGUUCCCGCAGUCCCCUAAGGAACAGCACUCUGGACAACAACACCAUGAGGCCCAGCGCUGUGGAGUUCAGAGAACCACUCGCUUCAUACAGGGAAGCAUCUCCACUGCCAGUGUCCCAGACCCACUCUGAACCAGACACCCUGUUGUUACCAACAGAGAUGGGCGUCUCUCACCCAGAUCUUUCUUUAAACCAACUGGUGUGUCAGCGGGACACCAGAGACAUGCAGAAUGCAGAGCUGGACAGCACACGCUCCUCAGCAGUAGACAACACAUCUGUACGCUACCUCAACGAUCUGUCUGCUCUCAGUGCUAUUCAUCAGCCUGAUCCACCCACAUCAGGGUCAGAGGUUAAGCCCAGAACACACUUACAGACGUCUCGCUCUGUCUCGCAGCGGUUGGAGAACCUCCGACGGUGGCUACCUAAUGAACAGCUGAAUGAAAAAAUCUGCAGACAUAUGGGACAUUUGGAAGAAACGUCAAAUAGGAAUAACCUGCUGGGGUACCUGGAGCAGCCUGUGGGAAUUGGGGCAGCGGGACACACUACUGUACCUACUGUAAAAGUUCGGAAAGUGGCCCAAGCUCCUCCGGCACCCAUUUAUAAAGGAUUUAACACCAGUGAGACGAAGAUUCGCACACCUAAUGGGAAAGUGUGGGCAGAAGAGGACUUCCAGAGCUUUAGCCGGGAAAUAUACAAAGACCUAACACAACGUCUCACAGCAGACGGCACAAAACCAAAGCAGAGACCUGCAGAGCGAGAGAGGACGAAAGAGAAGAAACCAUCCAAACCUGUGAGGAAAGUGCACAGGUCUUCUUCAGCACCAGACUCGAACGAUAAACCAGCGAUCAGCACGUCAGCAUGGCGAGAUGGGCAGAAGCUGGUCAAGAUGAUGCUUGGCCCUGCGCCACGGAUACCCAGCGAGCCUCGGGCACAGUCCACAGAGAGACAGACGAGAACAGACCCUGUCCUUCGCUCCACCUCUGAUACUCAUCUGGAGCGGGGUCGACGUUCAAGACCCAACAGCACGGAAAAACCUCGCAAUCAAGUACUUCCCAAGGAGCCGGCUGGGCUCUCCAGAUCAGCAGGGGGAGCUAGAGGAAAGUCUCCCAGUACUGACCUGCUGUCCGCUGACAUCCGUAGCAUUCUAGAUGACCUGCAGUUAGGAGAGGAAAGCAGCAGGACGGUGGAGCCCAGGGUACGUUCCUCAACUCGGGUGUCCCGCAGUGCCAGUCCUGCCAAGACGGCCAAGAGGUCAGAACAGCCUGUGCAGCCAGUGCAGAAGAAGCGGCACUAUGAUGCAGAGGCAGUGCGCAUGUACAUCACUCAAAAACAAGAAGAGCGUAAAAAGCGGCAAGCAGAGGAGAGGAAAGCUCAGAGGGAGGAGGAAGAGAAGAGGAAUAAAAGGUUACAAGAGCUCUAUAGGAGACAAAGAUCAGGGGCCGCAAGGGGCCCAGUGGCACCUGCAGGGCCAAUAAAGAAACGGCUUCAUGAAACGUACACCAAACUGGAACAGACUCAGCUCGUGGAAGAGAUCAACGCUGCUGCUGCUGCGGCUGAGGCUGCUGCUGUGACAGAAAUCAGCCCGAGGUAUAGACCAGCAUAUCAGCCGUCUGGAGAGUCUGAUAAAGAAAACAAAAGACACGAUCGACCUCAGAGUACCACCUCCAGCAGCGAUCUGUCCCUUCCGGAGCAACGCCAGCCCCCGUUCUCUAGGAAUGAGUUGGGAUUUGCAGGGUCAUCCUGGCUCCAUUCUGACCACCGUAAUACUCUAAUAAAGGGCAGCAACUCUUUGGCGACCCCCUCUGGCCACAUCUUUUCUCAGCUCUUGGAACUUGAUACAGACCCUUCAAGACCUGAGAGGGCAUCUAGAUCUGCGCCUCUUGCAUUUUCUUCGGACACAGGCCGGAAAAUGAGCCGCAUCGAGGCCCUCAAGGCCACCGCUGCCUCACUGUCAAACCGUAUAGAGAGUGAAGCACGUAAACUAGCCGGUACCGGAAUAAAUUAUGGUUGUGCCAGAGACAUGGGAAUAGGUCUUUCGCUCCCAACCGAUAAACGCUGGGCAAACCCUGUCAGUCCACCUGUCAGAGAGAAUCCAACAGAUUCUGGUGAUCUGGAGAAGAGGAUUCAAAGACUGUUCGCUGCAGGUCAAAGCACCUAUGAAGAUGCGUUACCAGGUGUUGGCAACCUACACGGCUUUAGGAAGAGGACGACACCUGGGAACAAACCCCACUCAACACCCACAACCUCAGGUCUCGCUUUUAGAAACAAUCACAAGAUGUCUUCUCCUCUGAAGGCUGAUGCCCAAGAAGUUGCUUUAGACUCCAGUGGAGGUUCUAUCAGUGAAGGUCCUCUGCUGAGUGAAGGAAGCAUGUCGGAAGAUGAGGAUGACCUGCAAGAACUGCCCAGUUCCAGUCACAGAGUGGGAAACAUGGGGUACAGUGCAGUUCUUCGGAAUGGAGACCCAAUUUCACACUUCCAGAAAGAGGCAGAGAAGCACCUUCCGUUUAGUCCAUCCACUCUGGUACGAGAGAGCAAUGGACCGUGGGAAGAACUUGCCAAAGGGAGCCCACAUAGUGUUAUCAACAUUUUCACCAAGAACAUGCCCAGUUAUGGCAAAGUACUUGAAGAGAGGGGAGGGAAGAGUUCCCCAGCCCUCCGCUCUGGUGCCAACUCAUUGGAUGAAAUGGCUUAUGAGGAUGACUUCAUUUCCUCCCGUGGCAGUAGCCAAUCAGCAUCCAAGAGAAGUCCUAACGGCCUCAGUAAUGGCUAUGGUCACUUCAGUCCCCUUGAUGAGAUGCUAAGUGGUAGAUCUGCAAGUGAUAAGAGAGGUGGAGAGAGAUCUCACCGUUCGCCCAGCAUCACACCCCUCUCUUCCCCACACUCUGCCAGCUCAGAAAGCAAAAGAGCCACAGAAAGGAGCCUGCUGGAGGAGCAUAGAAACACAUUCUCGGCUCUAUCUGAUAUCCCUGCUGAGGGUUUUAACAGAAAUGGCUCAAAGAAAUCAUCCAGUCGCAGCUCUAACAGAAGCAUGGAUACAGACAGCACACUAGGGGGCGCCUCAGUCCACUCCAUCCACAGUCUUUCCUUUGAUGGAAAGAAAUCUCCCAGAAGCCCCAGUAUGACACCUGCUGCUGGUUCUCCAGCCGGCUCUGGUUCUUCACGGCUGUCUCGGGGUGAUGGUACCCCCAUCAGAGGGUCUGCCCAGGGUUUAAGCCCCCCACACACUGCCCUGCCUAGUUCCUCCUCAUCCUCCUCUUCAGUCGUCAGAGCUAAAUCCAACCCUUCGUCUCACAGCCCCAGAGCAGAGCACAGGACUCCAGCCUCAGCAGAGCUGCAGUUUGCUCCUGGGGUCCUGCAGCAGCGACUGUCUGUCGAGCUCUGUUACCUGGAAGCGGUGGAAGAGUCAGUGCGACAGCUCAGUGAUGUGGAGAGAGUAAGAGGCGUGUCUCUCGCGCAACAGGAAACGGUUUCACUCGCUCAGAUUCUAAAGUCCCAGCAGCAAAGGCAUGAGCAUGAACUGAACCUGCUGAGGAUGAAGGCGGAGCAAGAAGCUCUGGAAACACAGCAUCAGCUGGAGGAGAGCAGGCAGAGAGCUGCGCGGGCCCACGCCGAGCUGCAGGAGAGUUUUCUUCAGUCUCAACAGCAGGCGUUAGGAGGCCUCCAUGAGUCCGCGAACAAGAUGAUCCAUCAGCAGGCAGAGGCUACGCGCCAUACAGCUGAAACGGCACGACACAUCAAAGAAAUGACUGAACUGGCUCGAUCACAGAUUGCAGGAGCAUUGAGUGUUCCUGGCCCCUCUCUUACACCUCUGUACGAUCAGCAAAAACCGCACAACCACAGCUCGAAACAGCUUCAGACACACCCCCACACGGACAGCUUAACGAACGAUUCGUCGCGAGACUCAGAGACUGAGACACCACCAGACAGCCUUUCAGGGUCCAUCCCUUCUAGGAGACCCACCAUCAGUGGUGGCGGCAGCAGUAGUGCCCAGUUGAGCCCAUCUCAUUAUGAUCAGAAGGAGAAGCAAGAGAAAGACAGAAGCAGCAGUUCAGUGGAGGAUCUGGCUCACACAGCUGCCGAUGAGUCCUUUCGCUCAGACAGCAUUCACAGCCUGCUUGAGGAGAAAGCGGACAGCGCCUCAAUCGCCACAGAGUACUCUGUAAAGUUUGAGGACUCGAUGACUGAGGAUGAGAUCGAGGAAAAAUCAUUCCGUUCUCUACUGCCAUCAGAGGCCCAUCGUCGUGAAUCGCUGGACAGGAAACCCAGUCCUCAUCCUGAGUCUGAUGAUGACCACCGCCAUGACAGAACCAGCCCCAGAGAGAGUUCAAAGCAGGAGGGCAGCACGCCUUUCUCCAGCGGUCAGGACAGCUUCUCCAAGUUCACCAUGGACCUGGUGCGUCAGUACAUGAAAGAGGAGGAGGUUCGCGCUCAGCACCAGAAUUCACUGCUUCGUCUGCGCCAGAAAGCCCUCAGAGAAAAGACCAAAGCUGAACUGGCCUGGCUGGAACAUCAGAAGAGGCGUCUCCGAGAUAAAGGAGAAGACGAUAAGAUGCCACCCCUCCGUAAGAGACAGAGAGGCCUAAUAAUGAAACUCCAACAGGAACAGGCGGAGAUUAAACGGCUGCAGGAGGCCAAUAAAGCAGCGAGGAGAGAGAGACAGUUGCUCCUCAAACAGCAGGAGGAGAUCGAGAGAAUGAGAAACUCGACCCUCAGAUUGAAAGAGCGACUGAAAAAAUCUGGAGACGCAAACCUGGAAUCACCUGUGUCAGGUGUGGCAGAGGAGUCUGCUCCGCCCAGUGUCAUAGUAACAGAUGCAGAGACACGGAGCCCCUCCCCCUUGUCUGUGUCAGGCAGUGAAACCAGCAGCAUCAUGCAGAAACUGAAAAAGAUGCGCAUUCACAUGGACGAGAAACACUGCUCUCCUGUCCAUUAUUUCUUCUCUGUCUUCACGGCUCAUCAUUGGGCCUGUCUGUCUGUCUGUCUCCCAAAACUCCACCCCAAAUUCCAGCUCUUUAUCUACAGCCAAUUGGUCAGGUUUCUCACUAAGAGAGAGCAGCAGUUGAUGCAGAGACGAAAACAUGCAGAAGAACUGUUGGAGUGGCGACAGCGUUUGGAUGCAGAGGAAGCAGAAGUGCGGCGUAUGGAGAAACAGGCCCUUGCGGCCUGGGAGAAACAGCAGCAGGCACGCAUCAAAACGCCACCGCAGAAGCAACCGCGCAGCCGGGAGAGCGAACGCAGUAAGAGUUCCAGAGGACAAGAAGCAGGCAGUGAGGAUGACUCCCCGGCGUUGUCCGUGUCCAGCGUGCACACAGAUCUAUCUGUUCCAGAGCAGUUGGCCAGUCUUUCUUCAGACCGUCCCCUCUCUGAGCUCCCCUCCCCGCAUAUGGCCGGCAGCCCUGCUCCUGAUACCAUCUACUCACCUGAGUUCCACACUACAGACAGCAAACAGUCUCCUCCAGGGAAAGCCAGCCUCAGCUCUGUUCGACAUCCAGACGGUAGUCAGACUGGCACUGUCGCGAGCCCCAGCGGAAGCUGCAGUAGGAUGCAGGUGCACUCGGGCUUUAAGAGCAGCGACCCUCACAUCAGUGACCCCCAUUCGGCCACUCCAUCCGAAACCGCAUCAGAUCAGAGCGAUAUUGAGAGCCGCAUUCGCGCCCUCAAGGACGAGCUCCGUAAGCGCAAAACGGUGGUCUACCAGCUGAAGAAAGAGCAGAAGAAAAGACAUAAAGAACGGCUGAAGGCUCAGGAGGCUAGUCUGCUGAAACAGCUCGAGUCAUACAAUGACUUCAUUCAGAAGACCAAGGCUGAGCUGAGUAAAGAGCCUGACAACACUCCAACUACUAAACCUCAGAUUAAAACUCCCACGUCAGCCACUGAAAAGCCUCGAAUAAAACCUCCUCCUCUUCAGAGGCCUGAGACUAGCAAAAACUGGAAGAUUGUCACAGAAUCUGAGAAAUCGGUGCCCACAGAGACGUCAGCUGAGAAAGAUGACGUUGGACCAUCAGAACAUCACAAAUACACAUCACAACAUGAGGACUUUACCUCAGACGAAGAUCCUCCUACUGUUACCCCAACCCCAGUUGUGGGAAGCCCAGAACAUAUGGAUGAUUUGAGGAGUUUGCACAGUCCAGACUUGCCUAGCCACCAUUUAGAGGAUGCACCUCCGCUUCUAGAGCAUUUAGUUAGGACAGGAGCCAGUGACCACCUCUCAGGAGAUGAGAGCAUGGUCUCUAGCCAAAAGUCAGAUAUCAUGGAGGAACUGGAGUAUGUCAAGUCUGAAGUGUCUGAGAGUGACAUCUCUGACCAGCACUCUGAUCCUCAGCUUAAACUGGAUCUUGAGUCUCAGAUCUUAAAGGAUGUGGAUGUUAAAACUGAAGAGGAACGGUUGUCUGGGAAGGAUGAAAAGCCAGCAUUUCAAAUUGUUGUAGAUGUUGGAGAGAGCUCCAGAUUUGAAAUGGACAUUAAUGCAUCUCCUACUGAGGAAUCAAAAGAUCUAGACUACCCGUUAGCUGAGAAGAUGCCAUCAGUCAUGGAUCGUUCUUACACCCCUGACUUCAUGUUGUCCAAGAAAGAGGAUUCACCAAAGAUCAAAGAAACACCGUCUCCUGGUGAUGGAUAUAAUGAUGACUUUGAUUCUUCUUUUGAAUCAUUCAAGGAGGAUAUCCAUGAAUCAAAACCUGCAUCACCUUCUUCCCCAGAACCCAAGAAGUCAUCUUACAAGUCCCCUACGUACAGUAGCGAAGAGGAAAUUGAAGAAGAGCUAAGUAUCCGAUCAGGAAGUACUAAUGGGAGCUUCCAAGCAGAAAGUCAUGCAGACUUCAAUAGACUUGGUAAGGUCUCCAAAGAGGAUGUCUACAGCUCCUCAAAAUGUCCAGCUUCUCCUCAAGAGCCAACCUUGCCAAUAAACGAUGAGUUGCCAAGCUUCUGCGUUGGAGACAGAGUUCUGGUGAGUAACGUUCAACCAGGAACCCUAAGAUUUAAAGGACAAACCAACUUUGCCAAUGGAUUUUGGGCUGGGGUUGAACUGGACAACCCUGAGGGAAGUAAUAAAGGAACUUAUGAUGGGGUUGUGUACUUUGAGUGUAGGGAAAACCAUGGAAUAUUCGCCCCACCAGACAAGAUCUCUCGUCUUCCAGAGAAGUUCGAGGCCAGCGCAGAUACAGAAGAUGAAGAUUCUUCAUUUGAUGACCAACUGAACAAGAAACCCAAUUGCUCAGAGAAGAAGGAAGAGCAUAGAAAUCUCCAAAACAUGAAAGGACAAAAAUCUGACCUAGAGUUGCAUCCCGAGAGCAAAGAACCUUCUGGUGAGCCGUUUAAACCCAACUUCGAACAGAAUAACCUGGAUUCGAAUGAUAUUGACUUCAAUAUUGAGGAUUUUGACAAAGGUCCACACACAGUGCCUAAUGGCAGAGGCAUCAUUCUGGAAUUUGGGGAAGCAUCAGUUGAUGAAGAGGUUCCAUUCCUAAAUAAUUUGGAUAAAUGGUUGUCUAAAAAACAAAAACAGGAAAAUGAACAAACAGCAGUUAUUUUGGACCUGUUAGAAGAGGAUGAGAAAUCCAGAGUCGACGGCCUUCCGAAAUCUACAGAUAUAUCUAUCGAGGAGGCCAGUGUUGAUACGAGAGAGGACUUGAAUAACAAAAGAGCUUUGACCACCCUUGCGGAUAAACUUGUGGAAAACUUUUUAAGUGACGCUGUGAAUCAAUUCCAGAAGAUCAAGAAAGAUAAAGAGGAGAAGUUAUCAGCUGCUAAUCAGUUGAAAAGAGACUUCAUCAAUGAAGAUGAUGGACUUAGGAGCAACAACUUUAAGUCUCAAAAUAGAUCCAAUACAAGGACAGACAACUUCCGCACUUUCUUUGAUGAAGACCAGGAAGAACUUUCAUCUCCUGAGCAUUGCAACAGACCUGAAAGCCCCUUCUUGGGUACAAGUGGACAGGAAGAGCUAGCUAAACGUCUGACGGAGCUCGAGCUGAGCCGUGAGCUCUUCGAUAGCCUCGGAGACGAUCAAGACUGGUUUGAUGAGGAUUUUGGUCUCAGUUCACGGAAACAACAACAACAGAAACAAAAACAGCAGAAAGAUGGGAUUUCUACCUCUCUGAGUUCAGGGGAGCAAACCAAAACGCCACCGAGGCCUGAGCUUCCCUUGCAGAUGAAACAACCAGAAGAGCCUGCUAUGAUUGUUCCUCACACUGUCCAGGAGGUGAAGAAACUGGUCGGCGCUGCCACACUAGAGAUCUGGAAAAGCUGCAAGCUGGGUAAUGGUAGACCAAGUCUGGCUGGAGUACCUAAACCUCAACCUUCCGAUAAUUUUCUGGGAGAAGAUGCCAAAGCCAAUGACCAGGAAUCUCAGUGCAAACAAAGCUACAAACUAGCCGUCUUUGAUUUAUCAUGGGAGGUCAUUAAAGACAUCUAUGCAGAAGAUCCAAAAGUUGAUCAGCCACAAUGGAUGAAGCCACAUCGCCUUAAUUCCAACUACUUCCAUCGAGUGAAAUGCCCCAACGACAUCACGACAGUUCAGGAAUUUGUUACCGUUGAGGUUUUAAAGUUGUGUGGGCUAAGAAAAGAACAGAAUCAAAAAACAGACUGGCAGAAGAUGAUCAAAUUUGGCCGUAAGAAACGAGACCGGGUUGACCACAUUCUAGUCCAGGAGUUGCAUGAGGACGAAUCUCAGUGGGUGAACUACGACGAGGAUGAACUUUUUGUAAAGAUGCAGCUAGCUGAUGGGAUUUUUGAUGCCUUGCUUAAAGACACAGCUGACGUUCUGACGCAAAUCCAAGAGAAUCGAUCCAAAAGAACUCUCUGAUGAUGCUCCGUACAGAGAUAUCCUUUUAGGUACCUUCUGUUGUAAGCCGGGCCUUGGCAUAAACAGACAUUUAGUGGGGAAUUCCCCUCGAGUCUGCUUCAAAGUCCAUGACAAGACAUCGUGAAUUCCAAACAAAAGGCAUCUCAUCAGCAAGUCAAAUCUUUCUGAAGAUGUUGGAGAUAUUCUCAAAUGUAUCGGGGAGUCUGAAUCCAGCUAUUCGCGAUCCUGUGUUAAUUGUAGAAGCUGCUUGGGUCCAAAUUCCCCAUAGUGUGUCGGUUCAUCGUUGCUGCUAAUACUGGCUCUGCCAUUCUCAAGUCUCAAAACAAACGGUCAGGUCAAAUCAGGACAGACCUGAAGACUUAAAGACUUUUUUAAAAACAGUUGUUUAAUUCAUUUAGAUUGUAUCAUAAAUAUGCUUACCUUUAAAUCUAUUAAUUUAUUUGAAAGUAACAAUUGAAUUCUAAAGAAAUGUUGAAAAGUGUGUAAAGAAAAGAGAUUAUUUUACCCUUUUACGCAGCUGAAGAAGCACAAUAAGUAAAAUUUGAAUGUCUAAAUGGCAAUACAAUGUAAAGGAAUUUGAUGCAAGAUAAUGAUGAAUGCAAAUGACUGUAUGCUUUGUGAAGGCAGAAAGAAACACUGUCCUUGUAAUGCUGUACUGACAACAGAUACAACAACCGUUACCAGAAAUGUUAUCCUAACUGUGCAUAACACGGUCAUGCUGGAUUCUAGCCUUAACAUUUGCCUUUCCCAUUUAUUUCCCAUUUUUCCCAUUAAGUGCCUCCAUGGUUACUUGUUUGCUCAUACAGGAGCGACAUUUCCCAUACUUCCUUUAGUGUCCUUUUGGCUUUAAUCUAGUCUUAACUCUCUUAUUUCUUCAUACAGUAGCUGGAUAAACCUCUAAUGCUGUAAUAUGUUCAUUUCUGUCUUACUUAGUUUGUGUGUCCACCGUCACAACCUUUUAAAAGUAAAAUGUUGUUUUUUAAGAAACGACUGCAAGGAAAAGAUGAACGGUAGUAUUUGAUUAUGUCUGGCACAAGGACAAAUUGGUUUACUUUUAAGAAAAGGAAGUGUUUUACUCAUUGUGUACCUUUUGGGCUAACUUUCCAAUGCCUCACCACAUCCAACCUGUCUUUGGAAAAAGAUCUCGCUUUACUGUGAUGUACAUAUUUGUUUGUAAAUCAGUCUCCAUAAUGUUCCUGGUCCGAAUUUGUGAUGAUCGUAGUGUAUUAGGUUUUUAAUGAACUGUAAAACGUCCCACACCUCUCUCACAGCUGAGCCAGUCUGUCCAAUAGUGACCUGUAGAGGGUAGAUGUAGAGAAUUUUGUGGUGUGUCAUCUAUGCAGCAACCGUUUCUAAAACCCAGCAUCAAAAUGUCUCUGAUUCUAAGCAUGUCUGUGUCACCCAGCGGGCAGAGCUAUUUAUAUGCAGUAGGUAACGCAGAUCUCUACCUCCUUCAGAGAAUAGGCUGCUACUAAAAAUCUGUCUUUUUGGCUAUAACUCUCUGCCUUUGGGGUCAGUUAGGAUUUGUGUGGCACAAAUGGUUUGAUAAUCAGUUUCUACUUUUAAAUUGGUAGGUCAUAGAAAUGUUUUGCAUCCCUUAUGUGUAUGUAUAUUUAUAAUGAGGUAUUGUGAGAGACGGAGGUGCACUUUGUAAAUUGUUUAAGCCGUGUAAAUAGCCGACUCUAAUCUCCUGUGAGCAGACUCAUGGAAGAUUGUUGCGAAAAUGGGUAUUUCCUUUUGCUUCCAUGUACAUACUAUAGAUAUAUUUGUUAACAAACUGGUUCUUUGGAAAUUGUAAAUAAAGAUCUCAUUUCUCAGUCA